AUGUCGAACUACUACGUGGGACCUUUUGGGCUCCCUGGAUCUCAUCCAUACCAGCUCCCGCCGCCUCGCACCACACCGUCUUUACAAUUUGGAUCGGACCCAUUUCUACACCAGCGGAGCACAGGAGAGCGGAACGGCCCCGGAGGCGUUCUGCCCAGCAGCUCGAAGGGUGAACAACUUCCCUCCGUCAGCCAGCUGUUAACUCCCGCGCCCAUUGACAGCCGCCCGCCAUCCCCAUACAACCCCACUACCUUCGGUAUCUACACGUCUCCCAACGGGAACAAGGGCUCCCCACAACCUAGCUUUCAUAACGACACGGGGCCAUCCCCCGUCCUUCGCCGAAAUGGGGUGCAUGAUCUCUCUCGCGUCCCAUCGGAUCUUGGUUCCCAGACCGGGUCUCUACCCCCACUUUCUCAGAUCUCUGCGCUAGGCCUUGCGCGCGAGGGACAGCCCAAUCACGCAAGUCAGGCGGGCUAUGCGGUGCAACAUUUACAAUACGGCGCGAAUCCAAGCCAUGGGUUCAGAACCUUUGAGAGGGAAUCAGAUGGUACCCCAAUGGAUACCGCAGAUCCUGGAGAGCCUUCAUCAAAUAGAAACAAACAGGCAAAAGUUCGCCCGCACGUUGUGGACGAGAGAUAUAUAGAAGGGGAGGGCUUGUGCUACAUCUAUGCGGACGGAUCUCAUUGUCCUAAAGUGAUCGACGGCGUCCCGGUUAACGCCAACUGGGGGAUCACCAAGGCCGGCAAACCAAGAAAGAGACUAGCACAAGCAUGUCUGACUUGCAGAGAAAAGAAGAUCAAGUGCCAGCCGAAUCUUCCGAAAUGUGAUCAGUGUCAGAAAUCCGGACGGGAGUGUCGGUUUGAGAGCGCACCCCGGGGCCAUCGAGCCUUGAAAGCAUCCCACAUUGCCAAUCGGACUGACCGCCGAGACAGCCUGUCCUCUGGAAGCUACAACUUCUCCGUUUCCUCCAACUCAUUGUAUACCCUGCCACGGGCAUCAGAAAGUGCGACGUCUCUACCCGGGACUAAUUCCCAGUCCCCUAUUUCUGACGGCUCUAUGCUCACACCUUCUGCGAUGGACAGCACGCAGGAGAGUCUAGGAGAGUCUGAGUACCCAUACAAGCCCCGGACACAAAGCUUUGGUCGCGUGUCGAUCGGAGCCGAGGGACUAUCCAGAAAUCUUGGACCUAAUACAACCCCCGAUUACAGCGAGAUCUUGAUGGAGAUCAAGGAUCUGGAUCCUCAGGACCCCCUCGCCUGCGACUGGAGCAUCGAUCCAUACGAAGCGGACCCAGAACUGGCCGUCCACUACGUUGAAAGCUACUUCACAUACGUGAACGAUCGACUUUAUUACCUCUUUCCCCGGCGACCAUUCAUCCUCUGGCUGAAGUCAUCCGAUAAGAAGUCCCUGGACGAUAACAUGUUACUCUAUUCGAUGAUGGCAUUGGGCUCGAUAUUUUCCGAUCGCCCAGAUCGGCUGAAGGCGUUGAAAAGAUACUCUCGUACUGCGCGAUACGCGGUCGAACACAGCCAGCAUAAUCUUUCCUUGCAGCUGGCUCAGAGUAGGAUCAUCCUGAGUCUUUGGUAUUACGCCAUUGGUGCGCAUGUCAAGUCGUGGGAUGCCGUGGGAGCGGCGGUUCGAACAGUGAGCGGGCUACGGUACAAUGUCGAAUCGGGUGGAGUUAUCGUGGAGCAGACACAACCGUGUGAGUAUGGGCUGCAUCCCCAGGCGUUGAUUGAAUGUCGGCGGCGCACAUUUUGGAUUGCGUUUUUGCUGGAUCGUCUGUCAUGCUUUUAUACCCCGUCCUCGACAUUUAUCUCUUCACAAACGGCCUUUCUGAGACUUCCUUGCCGGGAAGAGGUUUACGAGCGUCAGGAGUACACCACCGUCCCUUAUUUUCAAAACUUCCUGAACCAGCUGCCCGUGUCACCGGAAGACGAAUACUCUGGCCUCAGCACAAUGGCAAUCCUCAUAGAUAUUCUGUCUCUCUGGGGUGAUGUGUCUGACCACGUGUUCCGGCUGUCGUUGAUCCCCGCUGAGGCAUACAGCCGGCUGUUCGAGGAGUUCCACUCCACCACUGUCCGGCGAUCAGAGGAGUGGAUCGCGAGACUACCCGACGACCUGGCCUUCACGGCCGCAAACAUGCAGCGCAGCAUUCGCGCAAAGAAAGCGGAUGCAUUUAUUUCAAUUCACAUGCUAUUCCACGCGACAUUGAUGAAGCUGAACCGCCACGCUCGGUACCAGAACCUGCCCGAUGGCAUGCUUGACCGGUACAUCCACACCACGCGCAGCCACGCCGUGGAGGUUCUCCGGCUCUGCCUUGCUUUGUUCCGCUACGCAGCGGAGUACGAAUCCUCGCGGAUGGUCUUGGACGCAGCGCAGCCGAGGGGCAUACUCUUGAAUCCCUUCCUGGGCUACGUGAUCGUGUCUGCCGUGGAUGUUCUCAGCGCCGGUGGGCUGAUGGUUGAGCUCUCCGAGUGUGUCAACCUCAUCAAAGAUGGCCUCGUGGCUGUCCGGGAGCUCAGUCGCUUCUGGGACGGCUCUAUUCCCCUGGUGUCCCUCGUGGAAAACAGGCUAGAAGCCAUGGUUGAGUGCGUCCAGCACCCACUGGACGCCGAGGGCAAGGUGGCUUUCCUUAUGAAUGGCCCGUCCUUGGAUAGCCAGAUCCGCACGAGUGCCCAGAAACAGGACCUCGCCGGCAGCGAGGAUCUCAUGUAUGGGGGCUUGCCGCGCGAGCGGUUUUUCCGUGCGUUGGAUGUGGGAAAUGUCCCAUUUUCUGAUGAGCACAUUCUCUGGAUCGGAGAAUCCAGCUGA